ACUCUUAGAAGGCUUUAAAAAGGGACUCACACGCUGAAAGACUAUCUUUGAUGAAGACAAUUCAGGCCAGCUGAAUUCUAUUGCAAAAGAGUUACUUGAUUAAUUGAGAUCUUUAAGUGGGUCAGGAGAAUCCUUGCUACCUCACUUAUCAUGGUUUGGGGGAGUCUGAUGAGAAUCCAGUUUUGAUAAAGACAAUUGUUUUUUCCUCCCCAAGUGACUAUACAUUUAAAUAGCUAAAACAUCUGUUCAGCAACAUAGUAAAACAUGUACACUCGGAACGCCUGAGAGAAGAGCCUGCCAAGCGAUCGGUUGAGAGGGAAUUUGCUGAGGGAGAGCACCUAGAUAAAGCAACCACUGUUUGUUUUGUCUAGUCAGGGGGAAAGCCAAGGCAACCAAUAUUUUGGGUUUCCUUUAUUUCGUUUGUGAAGACUUAUUUGAGAAAGCGUAGUGAGGGGAGAGUUCCUGACGGAAAUUUUUGUAAGCUGUCCAUUGGUAGAAGAGCAAGAGAACCUUGAAUGUCAACCUCUAACAGACUCUUGAGACCAACCACCAAACCACGAAAAACGACUUUCUUCUAGUGUGCCGUCUACGUUCCUUCUGAUGGAAGCAGAAACUGGGAACAAUGUGGCAACUGGGAAGAUGGCCAACAGGGGCACUCGAAUUGCCCUGGUCGUGUUCGUAGCUGGCACCUUGGUUCUGGGCACUCUCCUCUUUCUAGUGAGUCAAGGUCUCAUAAGUCUCCAAGCUAAACAGGAGUACUGCUUGACACCAGAAUGCGUUGAAGCUGCUGCUGUCAUCUUGAGUAAAGUAAAUAUGUCUGUGGAUCCCUGCGAUAAUUUCUUCCGGUUCUCUUGUGAUGGCUGGAUAAACAAUAAUCCAAUUCCUGAAGAUAUGCCAAGCUAUGGGGUUUAUCCUUGGCUGAGACAUAAUGUUGACCUCAAGUUGAAGGCACUUUUGGAGAAAUCAAUCAGUCGAAGGCGGGACACCGAAGCCAUACAGAAAGCCAAAGUCCUUUAUUCAUCCUGCAUGAAUGAGAAAGCAAUAGAAAAAGCAGAUGCCAAGCCAUUGCUGCACAUCCUGCGGCAUUCACCUUUCCGCUGGCCUGUGCUGGAAUCGAAUAUCGGCCCUGAAGGGGUUUGGUCAGAGAGGAAGUUUAGCCUUCUGCACACGCUUGCAACUUUUCGUGGUCAAUACAGCAAUUCUGUGUUCAUCCGUUUGUAUGUGUCUCCUGACGACAAGGCGUCCAAUGAACACAUCUUGAAGCUGGACCAAGCAACCCUCUCCCUAGCCGUGAGAGAAGACUACCUUGAUAACAGCACAGAAGCCAAGUCUUAUCGGGAUGCCCUUUACAAGUUCAUGGUGGAUACUGCUGUGCUUUUAGGGGCUAAUAGCUCCCGAGCAGAACAUGACAUGAAGUCGGUGCUUAGACUGGAAAUUAAAAUAGCCGAGAUAAUGAUUCCACAUGAAAACCGAACCAGUGAGGCCAUGUACAACAAAAUGAACAUUUCCGAACUGAGUGCUGUGAUACCCCAGUUUGACUGGCUGGGCUACAUCAAGAAGGUCAUCGACAUGAAACUCUACCCCCACCUGAAGGACAUCAGCCCCUCAGAGGAUGUGGUUGUCCGAGUCCCACAGUACUUUAAGGAUUUGUUCAGGAUCUUAGGCACUGAGAGGAAGAAGACCAUUGCCAACUAUUUGGUGUGGAGGAUGGUUUAUUCCAGAAUUCCAAACCUCAGCAGGCGCUUCCAGUAUAGGUGGCUGGAAUUCUCAAGGGUAAUCCAAGGGACCACAGCUUUGUUGCCUCAGUGGGACAAAUGUGUAAACUUUAUCGAAAGCGCCCUCCCUUACGUUGUUGGAAAAAUGUUUGUGGAUGUGCACUUCCAGGAAGAUAAGAAGGAGAUGAUGGAGGAAUUGAUCGAGGGUAUUCGCUGGGCCUUUAUUGACAUGCUGGAGAAAGAAAAUGAGUGGAUGGAUGCAGCGACCAAAACGAAAGCCAAAGAAAAGGCAAGAGCUGUUUUGGCAAAAGUUGGCUAUCCGGAGUUUAUAAUGAAUGAUACUCAUGUUAAUGAAGACCUCAAGGCAAUCAAGUUUUCAGAAUCUGACUACUUUGGCAACGUCCUGCAAACCCGCAAGUAUUUAGCACAGUCUGAUUUCUUCUGGCUAAGAAAAGCAGUUCCAAAAACAGAGUGGUUCACAAAUCCAACAACCGUCAAUGCCUUCUACAGUGCAUCCACCAACCAGAUACGAUUUCCAGCGGGUGAGCUCCAGAAGCCUUUCUUUUGGGGAACAGAAUAUCCUCGAUCUCUGAGUUAUGGCGCUAUAGGAGUAAUUGUUGGACAUGAAUUUACACAUGGAUUUGAUAAUAAUGGGAGAAAAUAUGAUAAAAAUGGAAAUCUGGAUCCUUGGUGGUCUGUUGACUCAGAAGAAAAGUUUAAAGAAAAAACAAAGUGCAUGGUUAACCAGUAUAGCAACUAUUAUUGGAAGAAAGCUGGCUUAAAUGUGAAGGGGAAGAGGACCCUGGGAGAAAAUAUUGCUGAUAAUGGAGGUCUGCGGGAAGCUUUUAGGGCUUACAGGAAAUGGGUAAAAGACCACAGGCAGGGAGUAGAGGAGCCUCUCUUACCAGGCAUCACAUUCACCAACAACCAGCUCUUCUUCCUGAGCUAUGCUCAUGUGAGGUGCAAUUCCUACAGACCAGAAGCUGCCCGAGAACAAGUUCAGAUUGGUGCUCACAGCCCUCCUCAGUUUAGAGUCAAUGGUGCAAUUAGCAACUUUGAAGAGUUCCAGAAAGCUUUUAACUGUCCACUCAAUUCCACGAUGAACAGGGGCAUGGACUCCUGCCGACUCUGGUAGCUGGGCCUCUGCUUUCUGCCAUCUGGAGCAAGUUGAACAGUGCCAUUAGAUGCUGCACCGAGCAUUCAGCUCCCACUGCUUCAGGCCUAUAUUCCCUGAGAACUUUUAUUUUUAAUGCAUUAUCAGUAUUUGGAUAAGGGACCUGCUUGGAUCUAAACAGUAUCUGUUCAAAGUUCUAGGACUUAAAAAACAGAAUAUGAGAAAUGCACCAAGUCUGCUGCUUUAGAAAACCAAACCAACAAAAAUAAAUCCCUAGGCUACUAUUGUUAAAA